UAAUGAUCUAGUUUGUAUAUGACUGACCUAUGUCUGUCCUCUCUCAGACACCCAUUCACUGGGCGUGAGGUGCCAAUUUCUAGUGGUUCUGGAUUCCUAGUGUCCCCAGAUGGCCUUAUUGUCACCAAUGCCCAUGUGAUAGCUAACAGAAGGCGGGUGAGGGUCAAACUGUUCAAUGGUGAGAGCUACGAGGCCACAGUAAGAAAUGUAGACCCAGUCCGGGACAUCGCCACCAUCAAAAUCUCUCCAAAGGUCCCACUACCCACCCUGCGAUUAGGUCGCUCCAGCGAGGUCAGACAGGGGGAAUUUGUUGUGGCUAUGGGAAGCCCCUUCUCCCUGCAGAAUACAAUAACGUCCGGAAUUGUCAGCUCCGUGCAGAGAGGCAGUCGCGAACUGGGACUGAACAAUGGCGAUAUGGAAUAUAUCCAGACGGACGCUGCUAUUGAUUUCGGGAACUCGGGAGGUCCUCUUGUCAACCUGCAAACCGUGUUGCGUACAACGAUUUUCCUUUCUGCUUUAUUGGACCUCUGCUGGAUUCUCGCUGAGCUAAAGUUUAGAGAUCCCAGUUUUCCAGAUGUCUCCUAUGGAGUUCUGAUACACAAAGUCAUCAUUGGAUCCCCGGCUCAUCAGGCUGGUCUAAAAGCGGGAGAUGUUGUCCUAGAGAUUAAUGGUCGGAAAGCUCAGUCAUCAGAAGAUAUAUAUGAUGCAGUUCACACACAACCCAAACUGACCAUGAUUGUAAAGCGAGGAUAUGAGACACUGAUGGUGAACGUCAUUCCAGAGACAGAAGAGUAAAAUGUCGGACUAGUUGGUGCUAAUCAUGAUCCGGGAAAGUCUGGUGUGGGAAACCCUUGGUAUCUGUGUGUAGGCCUGUGGGUGACACACUGUUAUAGGAGGGGAAAUGCACAGGUCCUUGGCACACAUGAUGGGUUUGUGCCUACAGCCAGCUUAUGCUAAAAACUAUAAACAUUUUAUACCAUUUUCCAGGAUCUCUUCGAAACAUCUGGAUUUCUAAAGCUUUUUUAUUGAUCAGAGCAUGAGAUGGAUAAAUGCUGUUAUAACUCGCGUAUCCGCAGCUCUCCUGAACUGAAAUAUCUACAGAGAUGUUCCCUGACAAGAGUGAGGCCAUCUCUGGCUGAAACAAAUAACUAGCCAAGGGUCCCAACACAAAUGUGUCACUGCAGUUAGCCCAAACAGAAUAUUAUUGGGGGGCACAACGUGUUUACAUAGGGGAAGAUGUAUACAUAGGACAACAUAAAAAAUAGUAUAUUAAAUGUAAAAGCAAACCCA